GAAGUACAGAAGCUGAAUCAGCAACUAGAGGAGAAAAAUGGAGAGAUACAGCAGAUGAUAAAUCAGCCUCCAUAUGAAAAGGAGAGAGAAAUCUUACGACUUCAGAAGAGCCUGGCAGAGAGAGAGAAGGCUCAGGCCACCAGCGAUGUUUUGUGCCGUUCACUCACUGAUGAAACUCACCAACUUCAACGCAAGUUAGCAUCCACAGCAGAAAUGUGUCAACAUCUGGCAAAAUGUCUAGAAGUGAAGCAAAGAAAAGAGAAGGGGAAUUCAGAUGACAAGAUACCUACCGAAAGAUCUAAUCAGCCUUUAGGUGAUGAAACUUCACUUCAAGCUCUUAUCUGCAACCUACAAGAGGAAAACAGGAUGUUAAAACAAAAAGUAGCUCACGUGGAAGACUUAAAUGCAAAAUGGCAGAAAUACGAUGCGAGCAGGGACGAGUAUGUGAAGCGACUUCACUUGCAGCUGAAAGAGAUGAAGUCGCAGCUGGAGCAGCAGCACGGCACAACUUCAGCACAGACGAAUUCUGAUCUGAUGCACAAGGAGAUAUUCCGGUUAAACAAGCUACUAGAAGAAAAAAUGAAUGAAUGCAUAAAAAUAAAGAGAGAAUUAGAAGACGUGAAGAAGGCUAGUGAAGGAGAUAAUGAGCGCAUACAAAUGUUGGAGCAACAGGUCCUAGUUUACAAAGAUGAUUUCACAUCUGAGAGGUCAGACAGAGAACGAGCACAGAGUAAAAUACAAGAGCUUCAGGCAGAAGUUGCGUGUCUGCAACACCAGCUAGCAAGGAGACAGGAAUCAAGAGACACAAGCAGUCAUUUCAGAGUUCACAUGGGCAAACAAAAUCAUAUGUACGUACAGACGAAUGUUGAACAUCUACGAGGCAAUAGCCCGGGCCAAACAGGCACGAGAAGAACACCUUCACAGUCUGAACAAGCUGCUUCUCCUCCUGUGGACAAUGGAAACACAGGAUCCGAGGGCAGGGCACAGGGUGAACUUAGAUGCCCUCAUUGUAUGAGGUUUUUCAGCGAUGAACUCAGUGACGAAUUCCUCAAGCACGUUGCUGAAUGUUGUCAGUGA